AUGUCUUCAACCGCUCCAGCCAACUUCUCCUGCGGCAGAUGCCACACUUCACAGCAGGACCUUGACGAGCCCCUGAAGCACUGUGCAGCUUGUCAAAGUGUCCAGUACUGCUCCCGCGAUUGUCAGCGCCGCGACUGGCAGGACCACAAGACGCGAUGCCGCCAGAUCCAAGCCGGGGCUGCUCCUCAGGGCGGUCGAACUACGAUGGCAGAGUUGGGGCGCAAGACAGGCCAACACGAUGCUGGUUCUGCUAACGACCAAGCUGGGACCAACACUAUUUAUUACUUGAAGACGUCGACGCCGCAUCUAUACGACAUCACACUGUCCGGUCCUUAUCGUGAUCUGGACGCAGUGUAUCCGCAGAUCAUGAACAACUUCGGCAGCGAGUACCCAGCGGGGAGAUCUGCGGUGCAGGACUUCAUGCGUGAUGGCCAUCUGAUGAGCUUCCAGCACAUCACCGCUCCUCAUCGCAACGACCCCAACAGAACGCGGACGAUGCGCCUGGUGACCGAGCGGGCUUCCCGGUCCUAUCUGGACCCGAUGGAGAUUCUGAACAUCACGGAUUAUGGCGGGGGAGUAUCACUGACGGAUAUCCAUGUGCGUGGCACAUACGACAACGAAGCAGCGGCCAAUACAGCUGCAGAACGUGUCGUCCAACAACUUAUCGGACAGUUGCAGGGUGGAAAUGCAUAUCCGGGUCCCGGAAGUGAUUUCGCUGCUAUGAUCAGCGGUAGUCGGGCGGAUGGGAGUGAGGCGCUGACGAUGGUGGAGGUGCGCCACGAUACUGGUUAUCCUCGGCAGUGA